GGGGUGGGGUGCGUCACUUUCGCUGCGUUGGAGGCUGAGGAGAAUGGAGCCUGGGAGGCGGGUCCGGAGAGGGCUAUGGAAAGCCCUCGGCGGGGAAGCCCGGCCGUAGAGGGACAGUGGAUAGGUGCCCGAGGCCUACAGCUGGCCUGGGGCUCGUGUCUGGGCUUCGGACGUUGGGGCCCGGUGGCCCAGCCUUUCCGUAGUUGUCCCAAAUGGAGCUGGAAUUGGAUGCUGGUGACCAAGACCUGCUGGGCUUCCUGCUAGAGGAAAGUGGAGAUUUAGGGACGGCACCUGAUGAGGCCGUGAGGGCCCCACUGGACUGGGAGCUGCCGCUUUCUGAGGUACCGAGCGACUGGGAAGUAGAUGAUUUGCUGUGCUCCCUACUGAGUCCCCCAGCGUCGUUGAACAUUCUCAGCUCCUCCAACCCCUGCCUUGUCCACCAUGACCACACCUACUCCCUCCCACGGGAACCUGCCUCUAUGGAUCUAGAGAAUGAGAGCUGUAGAAAAGAGGGGACCCAGAUGACUCCACAGCAUAUGGAGGAGCUGGCAGAGCAGGAGAUUGCUAGGCUGGUACUGACAGAUGAGGAGAAGAGUCUAUUGGAGAAGGAGGGGCUUAUUCUGCCUGAGACACUUCCUCUCACUAAGACAGAGGAACAAAUUCUGAAACGUGUGCGGAGGAAGAUUCGAAAUAAAAGAUCUGCUCAAGAGAGCCGCAGGAAAAAGAAGGUGUAUGUUGGGGGUUUAGAGAGCAGGGUCUUGAAAUACACAGCCCAGAAUAUGGAGCUUCAGAACAAAGUACAGCUUCUGGAGGAACAGAAUUUGUCCCUUCUAGAUCAACUGAGGAAACUCCAGGCCAUGGUGAUUGAGAUAUCAAACAAAACCAGCAGCAGCAGCACCUGCAUCUUGGUCCUACUAGUCUCCUUCUGCCUCCUCCUUAUACCUGCUAUGUACUCCUCUGACACAAGGGGGAGCCUGCCAGCUGAGUAUGGAGUGUUGUCCCGCCAGCUUCGUGCCCUCCCCAGUGAGGACCCUUACCAGCUGGAGCUGCCUGCCCUGCAGUCAGAGGUGCCAAAAGACAGCACACACCAGUGGUUGGACGGCUCAGACUGUGUACUCCAGGCCCCUGGCAACUCUUCCUGCCUGCUGCACUACAUGCCUCAGGCUCCCAGUGCAGAGCCUCCCCUGGAGUGGCCAUUCCCUGACCUCUUCUCAGAGCCUCUCUGCCGAGAUCCCAUCUUCCCCCUGCAGGCAAAUCUCACAAGGAAGGGGGGAUGGCUUCCUACUGGUAGCCCCUCUGUCAUUUUGCAGGACAGAUACUCAGGCUAGAUAUGAGGAUAUGUGGGGGGUGUCACCAAGAGCUUGGGGGGCUCCCCAUCUGUGUCCAAAUAAAAAGCGGUGGGCAAGGGCUGGCCGCAGCUCCUAUGCCCUGUCAGGAGGACUGAGGGCUCAAACAUACCACA